UCUCUCUCUCUCUCUCUCUCUCUCGCAUAAACAUUAAGCAACAGCUUCAAAAGAUUUGAUCUUUUGGUUCAGUUUUAGGAGGGAAAUCGGGAAAAAACACAUUUUUUUUCUUAUUUUCUAUAAAAGAAAAUCUAUGUACAAUCCUUAAUUUCAAAAGAGUUGAGCUGCCAUUGAAGACACCAGAGAAAAACAAACACAGAGAGUUGAAAGAAUGGUGGAAAUGUUUGCUGCUGAGAAUGGACUCAAAGGAGACCCAAGGCUACAAGCUAUAUCUAACGCCAUUAGAGUUGUUCCUCACUUCCCAAAACAAGGGAUCAUGUUCCAAGACAUAACAACGUUGUUGCUGGAUCACAAGGCGUUCAAACACACGGUCGACAUCUUUGUGGAUCGCUACAAAGACAUGGAUAUCUCUGUCGUUGCUGGAGUUGAAGCUAGAGGAUUCAUGUUCGGUCCACCGAUUGCCUUAGCCAUUGGUGCAAAGUUUGUUCCUCUGCGUAAACCCAGAAAGUUGCCAGGCGAAGUGAUUGCUGAAGCUUAUGAGCUGGAAUAUGGAAGGGACUGCUUGGAGAUGCAUGUUGGAGCUGUUGAGGCCGGAGAACGUGCUAUUGUGAUCGAUGAUUUGGUCGCAACCGGUGGAACUCUCACGGCAGCCAUUAGACUCUUGGAACGCGUCGGUGUUGAAGUGGUCGAAUGUGGUAGUGUUAUCGGACUACGGGAGGUCAAGGGACAACGUAGGCUUAAUGGAAAGCCACUUUAUAUUCUUGUGGAGCCACGUGAGAUAGAUGACUGUUAAUAAUAAGAUUUUAUAUUCGGAUUUCUGCCUGAUUUGCAGAGGAAGAUGAUGCAUGGUCAACAGCUUUGCUGGUUAUAUUUCACUCCUGAUUGCUGGGUAAAGGGGUGACACUCGACAGCUUACAAGGCUCAGUUUGUAGGAUUCAUUAUUUUCUUGUGAAAUUUCUGUAUUUUUCUUCCCCUAGCUGAGGAAAAAGUUAUGUUUCCAUCCACAAAUUUGUGAAGAAAUCAUUAUUGAACAA